CGCUGUCUUCCCCAACGGCCGACUGAGCGCCGCCCCUCCCCUCUCCGUAUCCUGCUUGUGGCGGGCGGAGAAAGCGCGCUGGCGACAUGCGGCUGGUGAGCUGGAACAUCAACGGGAUCCGGCGCUCGCCUGAGGCCCUGAGGCACCUGCUCGAUUCCCUGGGGGCCGAUGUGACCUGCCUGCAGGAGACCCGAGUCACGCGGGACCUGCUGGAAGAGCCCCUUGCCAUCGUGGAGGGCUACAGUUCCUACUUUAGCUUCAGUCGCUGUCGCAGCGGCUACUCAGGUGUGGCUACCUUCUGUAAAAAUAAUGCCACUCCAGGGGCAGCUGAAGAAGGCCUGACUAGCCUGCUGACCACUCACCAGGGUGCUGUAGGCUCCUACGGGAACACAGAGGAGUUCACUGAAGAUGAGUUGAGGUCUCUGGACAGUGAAGGCCGAGCAGUUCUCACACAGCACCAGAUACGCACUUCAGAUGGGCAAGAAAAGACCUUGACGAUCAUGAAUGUCUACUGCCCCCACGCAGACCCUGAGAAGCCAGAAAGGUUGACCUACAAGCUGCGAUUCUACCGACUCCUGCAACUUCGAGCUGAAGCCCUCCUGCAGGCAGGCAGCCAUGUGAUUAUUCUGGGUGAUGUGAACACAUCUCACCGGCCUCUGGACCACUGCGACCCUGCUGAUCUGGAGUGCUUUGAAGAGAACCCUGGGCGUCAGUGGCUCACAGAGUUCCUGUGGCAGCCUGACAGGGACAGUGGGCUGUUCGUUGACAGUUUCCGUCACUUCCACCCAACCACAGUUGGUGCCUUCACCUGCUGGUCAACUGCUACAGGGGCCCGCCUCACCAACUAUGGCACUCGGCUCGACUAUAUCCUUGGUGACAGAGCCCUAGUGCUGGAGGAGUUUGAGGACUCUUUCCUCAUGCCUGAAGUGGAGGGUUCAGACCACUGCCCCAUUGGGGCCACCCUGAGGACUGAGCUCAUCCCUGCCCCUCGAUGUCCCCCACUCUGUACCCGGUACCUGCCAGAAUUUGCUGGGAGGCAGCAGAAACUCUCCCGGUUCCUGAUCAAACUAGACCCGAACUCUGCAGAGCCCACCUCAGCCCAGUUCCAAGAAAAGAAUGAUGGUGUACCACUCAAGACCCGGGCCAAGAAAACCUGUGGGGACCCAGGCCAAGGUCAGCUGAGCCUUCUGAGGUUCUUCCAGGCAGGCCGUCCUCCAGAAAAACCCCUCAUCACUGGAGCCCAGGAGCCCAAGACUGACCCAGCCAGCCAGGACCCCAGGGCAGUGGUACCUCCACUCCCUGAACCAAGCAGAGGCCAGGCAGCAUUUUGGAAGGCAGUUCUGAAAGGUCCCCCUCGUCCUCCCCUAUGCAAGGGCCAUGGGGAGCCCUGUGUGCUGAGGACAGUGAGGAAAGCCGGGCCCAACUUUGGUCGACAGUUCUAUGUCUGUUCACGGCCUGUGGGCCACAUCAGCAACCCUGCUGCUCGUUGUGACUUCUUCCUCUGGGUCUCUGGGAAAACCCCAGUCACUCAUUGAGGGCCAUGAGAAAGAGCCUGCCUGCUGCUGGCCUGUUCCUCUUUCCCCACUCCCUUGUGCAAAGGCCACAGGUGGGUGCCCUGGAGCAGGGUUUGUGGGACUAAGAGAGUCUCAGGGCAAAGAAUGAAGCUGCUGCUAACCCAGACUGUUUAGCUUUCCCACGAAUAAAGUUUGGAUCUUGGAGCAACUGAAGCACAUUUUUUUGUAUUUUCCCAACCCCCCUCAGUUGUGUUCCCUGUGGGGGGGACUCACUGAGGGCUCUCAUCAUGUAAUAGUAUUGCCCCAGACUUAGCCAGGGAAGGAAGUCUUUUGGGCUCUAGGAAGCUGAGCUCUCCUCUGCCCUGUGCUGUUCAGCCCCUCUGUCCUAGUUAGUGAGAGGGCCUUUACUAUCAUCUCAGUCACCUUUGAUUUCUCCAGGAAAGGGAUGGCCUAAGGUGUACAGCAGGUACCAAGGAACAGAGCUAGAACUCGAACCAAAUCUCCUCUUUGUUUUUCAAGUCCAGAAUCCACGGAUAUUUUAUUGAUGGAUUGGCUGAAGUUAGGAGCUGAGAGCCCUUACAAUGGUACAGGUGGGCCAGCAUGCAGGGAGGUUCAGGUUUCCAGGGGCCUUGGAAGGUUCUUGCAGGGAAAGAUUUAAUUUAAUUAAAGCUUUGUAGUUUUAAUUUGGGGUCAGAGGAUAGAGUUAGGAGCUGGGCUAAGGCUGUCAACUUCUGGUGGGGAGUCCCGUUGCCAGAGGCCAGAAUGCCAUCUCAGAGAUUGCCCCAAGGCCAUAAUGCCAACCAGUGGCUGCCCGAAAGGAAUUCUUCCCAGUAGGGGAUAAGUAUGAUGGUCAGGCUGGUCCACAGAGUAGGAAAUUACCAGCCAGGUUUUCAUCUGACCCUAAAAGGGCACAGCAAGGUGAAGUGGAACUGGACAUGCCUGCUCAGUUCUGCCCUCUUGAGCUAGCAAGCCUUCCUCAUGGUUUCUUUCUUCAUCCUCUGUGUUGGUUAAGUCAGAAGCUACUUUGACUAAGACUGGCUGAGGCCAAGCCCAAUGGCAGUGAGUGAUACCAUGAGGUGAUUACAGAGGGGGCAAGGCAAUAUGUUAAGUUUGAGAUGCUUGUUAGACCAUUUGAGUGGAAGUAUCCCUCAUCCCCUGAGAAAUGAGACUGGCAGCCUGGAUGGACUUUUAAGGUACCUCAGAUGCCCUUCAACUCCAGAGUUCUUUAAAUGUGUGCUUUAUGCAGGACUGUGGUGGGUGCUGGGGAAUCUAAAGACAAAACCAGAACAGUCUCUUCUCAAAGAGCUUGUGGUUUGUUGGAGGGCGCAGAGUGUACCAAAAAAAAGCAAAUAGCAGCUCAUCUAAGGAAGAAGGUUCAAGGGAGACUUCAGGAGGUGGCAUCUGAGCUGAACCUUGAAGGAAAUGCAAGAGGCUUAGAGGAGGAGUAAGGUGGAUGGUGCAUCUUGUGCCUGGAGAAUGAAUGCCUUAUGAAAGGCAUGGAAAUGGGAGAAAACAGGUAAUGUGUCAGAGAUCUCAUGAAGGGAAGCAAUAGGAAAUAAGGUGGAAAAAGUAGGUGGGGACUGAUUUGCAAGUGGCUUUAAAUACUGAGUCAGUGUGAGUUCCACCGAGAGUUUUUGGUAGGAGAAUGAUGCAUUUCAACAAUUUGAAUUUGACAGCGGCGUGGAAAGAUGGAUUGGAGAGGAGAGAGAGACUAAAGACCAGAAAAUCAACGGGCUGUUGCACUAGAACCCCCAAGGAAGUCUGAAGUCAUAUAUAUACAAAGAUAUUUAUAGUAGUACUUCUGUCAUAACAAAGAACCAGAAGGAAAUACUUUUGUUCAGUAGUAUCAGUUGUGUCUGGCUCUUUGUGAUCCCAUUUGUGGGUUCUCAGCAGAGAUCCUGGAGCGAUUUGCCAUUUCCUUUUCCAGCUGAGGAAACUGAGGCAAAAAAGGAUUAAGGGAUUUGCCCAGGGUCACACAGCUAGGAAGUAUCCAAGGCCAAAUUUUAAUUCAGGUCUUCCUGACAUACCCAGCAUUCCAUACACUGUACCACUUAGCUGCCCGGGAGGAAUUUGGGUGCCCUGAAUUAGAGAAUGGCCAAACAUGUGAUAUGUGAGUAUGAUGAACACAUUUCUCUAGGAGAUUUAGAGAAACUUGGGAAGUCUUCUAUGAACUGAACCAGGAAAGCGAUUUCCAUGACAACUCCAGGAAUGUAAAGGACAGGUGUUUUGAUAGGCUAUAAAUACUGAUAAAUUCAUUGAGCAUCUGUGAUUUCCAAUGGCCAUCCUCUGCUGGGAGAUCAUGUGACAGGCAGCAGGCAUGGAGGGAGGAAUGCAUUUUUCACACCCAGUGGAGGGUGAGGGAGAAGAGAAGAAAAACUUCCAGGUUGGGAACUUGGCUGAGUAAAAAGACAGUAAAGGACCUUAACAGAAAGAGGGAAGUUGUGUUGGUGGGAAGUGCAGGGAUGGGCAGGGAGAUCUGGUUCUGUUUCAGACCUAUUGAGUUUGAAACGGCCAGGGAGCACCCAGAUGAAGAAGGCAAGCAGGUAUGUUAGCUAUAGGAAUUUAGGGAUCACCUGCAUAGAAGUGAUAGUUGAACCCAAAGCAUCUGAUGAGAUCACCAAGACAGUGUGGAAGGAGAAGAGGCCCCAACUCGGAGUUGUAGAGGACACCUGCACUUAGUGGGUGGAGGAGGUUGUCAAACCAGCAAAGGAGACUGGGAUGGUGCAGGCAGAUAGGUGGGAGGAGAGUGGUCAUUAGGUUUAGAAUAAGGUCAGUUAGAAUGAGGACUGAGUAAAAGGCUGAUCCAUUUAGCAUUAUUGGUCCCCUUUGAGAGGUUAGCAACAAUAUCUUCCCACCUUCCCACUUGCUUUCAUGACCACGUGGAAUCCCUUCAGGGCUCCACAGUCUAAUCCUUGUGUCUUCUGACCCUCUCUAAAUCUUGUUCAACUCUUAUUUUAUUCCAAAGAUCUCCAAUGUAUUGGGGCCCUUUCUCUAGGUCUUUGACCAUCCUCUGGCUCACUGCAGUACCUGGGCUGGUGAUCCCCUGCUCUGCCCAUCUGGACAGUCUGUUUCACUUGUUAAUUAGGCGUUCUCUGUGUUUCUUGACCCUCAUUUCUUGAGUUUCUGAGAUAGCUCUUCAUUGUUGCAUGCCGACUUAAGCCUGUCUUGGGUCAUUCUCACUUUGGGGUAUGGUCCUGGUUUCCAGGAAGCUUAAUUCUAGAAUCCCCCUGUUUGGGCCUCAGUUUUUUCCUGUGUAAAAUGAGUUGUGCAGACUUGUGUGCAUACUAAGUUUCCUUUCCUCUCUGACCUUCUGUCUCUCUUGGGCAUGAGAAAGCCAGGGAUAGGCUUAGGAAUCCAUCCAUGUUUGAAUGUCCACUUGGCCCCACCUGGACCACUUGGUGCUGUCUUCCAGAUCCUGUAUGGCUGUCUCCCUGUCCUCACCCCCUGCUGAGUAAACAGACAUCUGGCUAUGGGAUGCACUUUAUUAUCUUUGAACUAUUGAACACAUACAUGAAUUCUUACAUGAUUUCCCUCUACAAGUGGCUGUCAGGGAAGCCCACUGCAAAUCUUAAAGCACUAGAAAAAGGAAAGUGAGGAUGAUGAGACAGACUGAGGCGGGACCAGGAAUGGAAGCACUUAUCUUUCCCCUCCUCCCCCUCCCCAGGUCAUCAGGAGAACACAGUGACAUACUGAGGGCCCAUGUUUCCAAAGUAGGAGCGUUCCCACUCACUCAUGAGGUCAAAGUGCACAGGGCGACGGCAGAAGUUGCAGGCGGCAGAGGAGACAUCCUGGAGGGGCAGGCCCACUUCAGUCCAGGCUUCAAGCAGUUUUUC